UCUGCCACAUCCUCUCAUGCGCUUAUCUUCCUUUUCAACCCUGUGACAUGUUAUUUUCUUUCAAGCCAACAGUUUGAAAUUGAGUACAGCCAGACCUUUUGCAUUGAUAGAAAUAACAAGAGUCUCUAUUCAGAUUGAGUGCAGCCCUCCACUUCUGAUAUAUCGCUGUUUUGACAGUUUGUGGAGUUGACAUCAGCUAAGGAACUCAAUUCAGCAGAAGUCACACAAUUCUGCCGAGUCGCUCCCAGAGUGCUGAAGAUCCAGGAAACAACCGUUUGACAAGCUCCAGGUCAGCAGAGGUGAAGAUAUCACUUUGCAGAGGAAUGAUGGAGGAGAACGUCUUUAAUUAUCAGAAAGAAGAAGAGCCUGUGGAACUUGAGUCUUUUCAGGGGGAGAAGAGGAAACUCAUACAACCAACAUCUUUAAAAGAUCCCAAACUUGAAAAGCUGAAGGAGGCACUGGUUGAUUGGAUCAAUAAGACUUUGAAACCCGAGCACAUCGUAGUUCAGACUCUGGAGGAGGAUAUGUAUGAUGGACUGGUACUUCAUCACCUGCUGUCCAGGCUGGCCGACGUGCAUUUGAAUGUGGAAGAGAUGGCGCUGACCAGCACAGCUCAGAUCCGCAAGCUGGAAAUAAUCAUGGAGGAGCUGGACAAGAGACUGGGCACGCAGGACAGCAGUCAGAUCAAAUGGAACGUGAAACUCAUCCACAACAAAGACCUUCUGGCCACCCUUCAUCUGCUUGUUGCCAUGGUGAGAUGUUUCCAGCCUGAAUUGGAUUUGCCGCCUGAUGUGAAGAUUGAAGUUGUAGUCGUAGAAGUCAGCAAAAGUGGAAUCAAAUCAGAUGUGCAAGUGGAAAUCUUAACAGAGGGAAGCAGCGACACAGACUCCCUCAGCAAUACUGAAAGGGAAGAUCCCAUCGAGCAACUGCUGAAGCUUGAGGCUCACAAGGUCAACACAGUGAAAAAGGCCCUGGUACACUUUGUCAACCAGCAUAUAUCAUCUCUGGGUCUGCAGGUGAUAGAUAUGGACAAACAGUUUGCUGAUGGUGUGAUUCUGCUGCUGCUGAUCGGACAGUUGGAGGGUUUUUUCAUCCCGCUCUUUGACUUCAACCUGACCCCUGUCAGUGACUCUGAGAUGCUUCAUAAUGUCACCUUGGCCUUGGACCUCUUGAAGGAUACAGGCUUUCAGCUCUCCAAUGUUGACCCACAAGAUAUUGUCUCUCUGGACACCACUGCAACCUUUAAAGUCCUCUACGCUCUUUUCAACAAGCACAAAGGGAAAUGAGAGAGGACAUCGUGUAAAGACGAGCGGCGCAGCGGGAAAUACAGAAACGGCCAAGUAGUGCGUUCAGCCAAUUACUAAAAGGUGAUUCUGCAGUUUUGAGAAGUUUGGCCGACGCUGUUUCCAGGCUGAAUUAAAGGAUUAAAGUUAUGUUCUAUAAAGUGAAGUGAAAUGCUGGUUGGAGGAUCUUUAGUUUGUGUAUUAUGAUGUAGACUAUGUGGCUUAAAAUAUGUGGAUCGCGACAGCCGAAAGAGGGUGUGAAUAAAAAUCAUUCAGAAUUAUGCUUGAAUGACUCAAAGUCAAGAGCUCCACAAUCAUCAUAGAUAAUUUUACUUAUUGCAAGUUAAAUAACUUGUUGAAGCAGGAUUACAGCCUUACAAAUGUAUUUUUAAUGUCACUGUGUCUUUAAGAAAAACAUCCUGUAUGUGAACAUUUUUAUCUCAAUAAAGCUUAAAGAGCAGUACCAAAAAGGGGAGGAUUAGAGCUUCAGAUGGGAGUACUAAUCCAGCAAAUUGCUUUAGCGUUUUUGUAUCAGAAGACAGAAAAUGAGAAAUAUUAAGAUGUUGAUGUUUAUGUAUAUUAAGCUGAUGCAAGUCAUUUGAUGCAAACAAAAUGUCAGUGUACUAUCUUUUUAAAAUAAGAUCCAAAACUGUAAUGGCACCAAUAAAAGUCGAACAAGCCAUCGACAGUCAAACAGGCUUUUAAUAAACCUCAGGUUCUCUUUUCCUGUACCAACGUGUAAAAAAUACAUAUAAAAGUGUGCCAACUCAAAAUGUCUUGACUAGACUAUUGAUUUCUUUACGACUUGUUUCAUCAUCUGUGUGUGUUUUUGGUUGUUUUUAACUCUCAUAUUUUAGAAAAUAUAAGCUACAAAGAUAUUGUUGGUUACAAUGUAUUUAUAGCUUAUGGCCUUCACUGUUAUAUAUUGCAUACUGUAGCUGAAGCUGUAAGACCCAGUUUAUGAUAAUGUAUAAUAAUUACCAUUUCAACAAAGGAAGCUAAACAUCAAAAACCGCACACUUCUGUGUUUGCAUAUGAGCACAGCACAUUUAAAUAUAGCACCGUUAAAGCUGUCACCUGUUUACAUCAUACUGUGACAGCACAAGGAUCAAUAAAUAUUAAUUGACAGCAUAAA